AUGGAUUCUCCGGGUCCUCGGAGCAGCAAUGCCGUGAAUGAAGGAGGUUCACAGCAAUAUAAGCCACACCCUAGUCAGGUACCUAUAUCCAACUUUGUGUCCACUACGCUCGAACUUGGGUGCUAUGGUAACUAUAAUGUCUGGAAGAAACAAAUGAUGUGCCUCUUGGAGUACCAUGAUAUGACUUGUUUCAUUGACGGCACACCCAUUCCCAUGAAUAAGUCCAAGGAUCAUACACUUGUCAAAGGAUGGAUCCUUGGGACGUUAAGUGAAUCUGCGACUGAGACUGUUUUAGACCUUGACAAUGCCUAUGAAAUAUGGGAGAAGCUUAAGACAAGCUACGAUGAAUCUCAAAGGGUGACUGAUCAGGAGAAAGUGGAAAAGGAAGAUAAUUUUGAUGACGAUGAUGAAGAAGAUUAUGAUGAUCGUCAAUCAGGCACAGAAAAAAGAAAAGUGCUUCCAGACGCCAUAUUGAAUAAAAAAGUGACUAAGGCGAAGUACAUACCAUUACAUAGAGCUAUAGAGAGGGGAGAUUGGGAUAGAGCCCAACAAUUUUUCAACAAGAACAUAGCUACAUUGUGUGCUAAAAUAAGCUGGGAAGGAGAAACCCCCCUCCACCUUUCAAUUUACAAAUCGCACAACCUCGAUUUUGUUGAAAAUCUCAUCAACAAAAUAGAGAAGACAUCACUUCCAACUCUUGUGAAUAUUUAUGGGUACACUACACUGCACUAUGCUGCAACUGUUGGUAACACCGACGCUGCAAAGAUGUUGGUGGACAAAAACCCACUUUUGUUAUUCGUUGCCAAUAAGGAUGAUGAGUUACCUCUACUUACAGCUCUUCGCAAUUAUCAAGAAGAAACUUUUCUAUAUUUGCUUCAAGAAACCAAGCUACAUAUUGGAGUCAUCUCCCAAAAUGAUAGUUGUCAAAAUCCUUUUGAGGGCAAACAAGGUUCUUUGCUUCUAUGUGGAGCAAUCGGUCGAGGAUAUCUGGAUAUUGCAUAUGAGUUGAUCUGCCAGUAUCCUAAAUUGGCUAUAUCAAACGUGGACAACAAUCAAACACCAUUGUGGUCAAUUGUGAAUAAUCAAGACGUGUAUUUAAGUUCAACACCCUACAACUCCUAUCAAAGAUUUAUCUAUUCUUAUAUGACUACCGGGAACAACAUUGUAGACAAUAAAAAUAAAGAUAACAUGAUCCCAGAUAUUGAGAACCCUGGGACAUAUAGCACCACCAAGUUUGUCACCAAGUGCAAAAGUAGCUACUGUUAUACAGUAGUGCCACAUAUCAGACGCAUCAGAGAAGAAAAACUAAAACACAGUAAAGGUAUGAUGAUACUAGAGCGUAUAUGUGAAGAAAUUUGUAAAAUGGAGGAUGCGAAUCAGAUUUGUGAAAUUGUUGAUGGGGCCUUUAAUACGGCUGUAUUAAACGAUAUUCCGGAGGUAAUCGAAACAAUCGUUGGAUUUUUGCCACAUGCAAUUUGGACUAGGAACAACAAUCAUUACCUUCCACAAGUUGUAGCAAGAUGCCGUUCUGAAAUGGUUUGUAGGUAUCUGGAGGUGAAUGCAAGAAAUGAUCUAUUUCGGGGAGUCUACGACAUGGAAAAUAAUGAUAAUAUUUUGCACUUGGCUGGGAAAUUGGCACCUAUAUCAAAACUCAAUUUGAUUUCUGGUGCUGCUCUCCAAAUGCAAAAGGAGGAAAUAGAGAAGUUUGUGCUUCCUAGUGCCAAAGAAAGCAGGAACAGUCAUGGAGAUACCCCAAUUAUGGUGUUCAGAGAAGAACACAAGGAUCUAAGAAAAGAAGGGGAAGAGUGGAUGAAAAAGACAUCAGAUUCGUACACAAUCACGGCUGCCCUCAUCAUUACUAUAGUUUUUGCAUCAGCCAUUACUAUACCAGGUGGAAACGAUGGAAAUACCGGGAAACCAAUUUAUGAAACAAACAACAGUUUCAUCAUAUUUGCGGUCUCGGAUGCAAUCUCACUGUUCACAUCCACUACGUCCUUGUUGUUGUUUCUAUCCAUUCUCACAUCUCGUUAUCAUGAGGAUGACUUCCUCUACAAGUUACCUAAGCGGUUGAUAUUUGGUCUAGUGAUGCUUUUCAUCUCUGUGACAUCCAUGAUGCUCGCAUUUAGCGCAACCCUAUAUAUUAUGUUUGGACAAGGAAGGGCAUGGAUCAUAAUUCCCAUAGUUGCAUUAUCCUGUCUGCCAAUUGCUACAUAUGUGAUACUACAAUUUCCGUUGCUUGUUGAGCUCAUCUCUUCAACAUAUGGUCAUACAAUCUAUCCUCAAAGAUGUCGAGUUAAUCUUGAUGACUAUGAUUCAAAUGGAAUCCCAAUAAUGAGUCACGGCAUAUAUGCGAGGUGA